AUGUUCUUUUUUUCUCUCCUUGUCAGUCGGGUCGUUAAUGUCAUUUGUAGAUUACUUCUUUUUCCCAUUCUCUCUCCUUUAUCUCACUUUAUUUUCCUCCUUUUUAUAGGGCUUAUUUCUACCGUAGUGUCAUCCUGCAGUUUUAUCUGUAUCUCCGCCAUGUUUCAAGCCACACAACAAGUGUAUCAGAAGUAUGCAAUCAGGCAGCAGCAGCAGCAACCACUACCACCGCGAUAUAUUCCUGGCAUGAAUAAUGCUCCGCCUGAUAUGCUACCUGCUCGAAGUAACAACUUGGGAAAAGUUUCCAGUUCUCUGAUCAAAGAGUUUAGGGCGAAUACCAAAAAUCCCGCCCAAUGCCUACAUGAGUACGCAAGUCAAAUGAAGAUUCAGUUGUCUUUUCAUGAUGUGGAGCUGAUACCUGAUCCUAAUUACUCACUAGCCAUAUUUGCAGUCCAAGUUGAAAUUAAUGGUAAAAGGUUUCCUCAAGGUGUUGGUAUGACUAAAAAAGAAGCUAAAAAGAAUGCUGCAAAAAAAGCCUUUAAGAUAGCUGUUCUUCAUGAGGAUGAUUCAAAUGAACUUCCAGCUAGCCAAGAUUUGCAUCCACAGAGUUGCUGCAGCAGCAGCAGUGGCUCUAACAGCCAACAAGAAAAACAUCCUAUUAUGAGGCUUUAUGAAUUAAUGGCUUCUAUGGGCAAACCCUGUGAAGUUAUUGUAGCUGAUGAACGAGGACCAAUGGGAUUCAAGGCCUGUGUAUUGGUUAACAAUGAAUAUUUUACGGAAGGAAUUGCCGGAAACAAGAAAGAAGCAAAGAAGUUGGCAGGGAUUGAGGCCCUUAAAAAGUUAAACUUAACUAUUGCAAGUAAUGCUGCUCCUGAAGAGAAGAGUAUGGGUCAGAAAAUCACAGAUCUUGUCUAUCAACAGCUCUACAUGUACCUGGAACAGUUUCCUGAUCUCAGAAAUAAAGAAAAGUCUGUAGCUGCAGUAGUACAACUAACUAACAACGAUAUGCAGGUUGUUGCCAUGGCAACAGGAAAUCAAUGUUUAACUUCAAGCAUGCUUACCACUGAUGGCAGAUGUAUUAUUGAUAGUCACGCUUCCGUGAUUGCAAGAAGAACUUUCCGUCGGUAUUUGACCAUUGAACUUCAGAACUUUAUCAAUCAACCAAAUUCAGCAACUUGCAUUUUCUAUUUGCCACCCAAUGAAAAGACUCUGAAAAUCAGGACCAAUAUCUCUUUCCACUUAUUCAUCAGUGAUCCGCCGGCUGGGGACUAUGAAAUCUUCCAUAAAGAACCAAGUCGGCUUCUUGCUCAUGAAGACAAUGAAUUGAUUGCAAUGGGUGCCCAUAAGCCAGCAUUUGAAUUGGAAGACCAUGGUGCACUGAGUACAACAUCAGAAAAAGGAGACACUGAACAUAUUAUUGAAAAUGAAGAAAUCCAAGAGUCACUGACUGAGUUCACCUCAGCUAAAACAUUAAAAGUAAUGUCUGUCAGUGACAAACUAUUAAAGUGGAAUGUGCUUGGGAUCCAAGGGGCCAUUUUCAGCCAUAUCAUAAAUCCUGUUUAUUUUCAUUCAAUUACACUUGGGAAAAAUUUUGAUCAUGGUCACUUGUCGCGUGCUGUGUGUUGCCGUUUGUAUGAAGAACUGGAUGCUAAGUUACCCGAACCCUACCACAUUAAUCACCCGCAACUGAAUGAAGCAUUUAUCCCUUCAUUCCAUGACCACAAAGAAAGCGGUUUGGGUAACUUGUCAAUAAACUGGGCCAAGGGACAGGAAUUUAUUGAAGUCACAAAUGCAUCUACAGGAAGAAUUAUAGAAGAAUCUCCCUCCAAGACUGGCUCUUCAAUGGCAAGUCGUUUGUGCAAGGCUGCUGUCCUUUAUCGUUUCCGUCAACAUUGCCUGGAAAGUCAUUGCAAAAACAUUACACUUGGUUUAACCUAUGGACAGUAUAAAUCGGACGCUGCUUCCUAUCAGGCAGCCAAAACCCUUUUCUACAAACAUUGCAUUGAAGCUCAAAUUGGUGGUUGGCGACACAAACCACACGAUGUUGACAAUUUUAAAGAGAUAAAUAAAUACUCUACAAUUGAAUUCUAUUAA